UAAAGCAAAACAAGUAGUCUGGUGGUAUCUGCGGUCUGUUUGCUGGUUUGCAGCACAGAUGUUAACAUGGGACGACACCGUACAUGUACUGUCGGUGAGAUGGUUUUUAGUUAGUCUACAGUAUAGCUUCGAUUUUCAGUUUUCUUGGGGGGGUUGUUCCACAAUCCACGAUAAUAAUAGGUACCGGUAGACUAUGUAAAUUCCAUCCUAUGUUAACAGACAAACCUAGCCUAUGCAUAAGAGAUUCUAACACUAUCAGGUAACAGAUGCUAUUCUUGGAUUAAUUUUGAAUAAACUAUUGAAUACUGGAAUAGGAGGACUCCCUAACUCCUUAAGACUGUAAGAUGUAUGAGAUUUCUGAAGUCCGACCAACGAAAGCUACACAAGUCAGGUCCUUAAGUGAAACUGAUGUUGUACCAAAGUCAGAACCUAGAAUUAUUCAGAUAGCUGAAAAUUGUCUUCGAAACAAGAACACUGAAUUUCAUCAGGUGAUCCAGCAAGAUCAGAAUAUAUAUGAGACUAAAAAGUAUCACAGACUGAUUGAGAAACGACGGAGAGACAGAAUUAACGAAUGUAUUUUCCAGUUGAAGGAUUUAUUGCCUACAGAUGUCAUUAAUUCAACAACAAGGUCAAUGGAAAAAGCAGUUAUUUUGGAACUUGUACUACAAUAUAUGAAAUCAUUAAACAGAAGAAAGACACAAGAAAACAAAGAUCUUGAGAUAUUGAGAGAGCAAGCUUUCAUUUGUGGAUUUCGAGACUGCACUGAGAAAAUGUUCAAAUUGAUUGAUGAUAAAUUUAAUGAUCACCAGAAACAAAGGAUUAGAAAAGAUCUACAGGAACAAAUCUCAUUUAACAUAACAGAAUCUUCACUUCAAAUUAAGUCUGACAGUCCUCCAUCCGUUAUAUCCCUGAGCUCAUUGUCAAACUCGUCAACGCCAGAUCUUUUACAGUGUGCGGAAAAUUCAGACUCUAGUGGGAGUGGAAGCAUGCCAUUUAUUCAGAAUAAAACAAUACAUAAAGGGGUGAAGAGGAAAAUAUUGCCUCGCAGGUCCACAAAGGUUCCCAUUCAACCAACAUCUUCUAUUUCUCCUCAAUCUUCACCACCAGAAAAGAAAGCUAAAGAUGAUCUUGAAGUUUCUCAGACAAACAGUAGUGUUUCAAAUCAAGUACCUAUAUAUAUCAAUAUGCCAGUCAUGAUGAAUCCAGGAAUGAUUCAAGCUCCAACUGUAAUUAACAAACAUCAACAAACUUCUGAAGUAGAGAAUACUUCUGCCAAACCUACACCUGUUAUGAUACCCAGUACCUCAGCUACCAUGUUCUCGCAAAUAAAUGGUAGUGUAAAGCCGAUGGUACAGAUGGCUGGCUGUCCCUUGAUCACACACAUGGGUGGCAAUAUGGCAAGCGGUGUACCAAUGCAGUUUCAAAAUGGGACUAUAGUUACCCAAAUGGGAAGCCUUGGUGCACAAAGUGGUAUGCAGUUAUCCAAUGGGUCAUUGGUUCCUCAAAUAUCAGGUAACGGUGUCCAAUAUCCAACUUUUUUUAUGGCGUGCGGAACUCAGUCACAAGCAAUUCAACAGGAUCAGCAACAAUUAAGAAAACAGCAGACUGUACCAGUCAAUCCUAUGAUCUUACAGCCGACUAUUAUGAUGCCUGCUGGUGCGCAGGGAAAUGUAAUAUGCAUGCCAUCUUUUCCUGUUAUGCAACCAUUUCAAACUUCUACUCUCGUGUCUGUUCAGUCGCCCGCUGAUGGUAAAAAGUCAUAAGGGAACAACGUUUUGAAACUUUGUGUUUAUUCAACUUAAUUGCUGCUGAAUUGACUAAUAGAAAAUUAAGCUUUAGUA